AUGGAAGGUGUGGAUUACUUAGCUGAUGAGAGGAAGAAGACGGAAUUCGAUGUGGAGGAGAUGAAGAUUGUUUGGGCCGGCUCUCGCCAUACCUUUGAAGUCUCCGAUCGCAUGGCCAAGCUCGUUGCUAAUGAUCCUGUCUUCCGCAAGGAUGACAGAGUUAUGCUUGCCAGAAAAGAUUUGUUUAAAAACACUCUUAGGAAAGCCACUUAUGCAUGGAAAAGGAUCAAUGAGCUUCGGCUUUCAGAGGAAGAGGCGUCCAAGCUGAGAUCUUUUGUGGAUGAACCUGCCUUCACUGAUCUUCAUUGGGGUAUGUUUGUUCCUGCUAUCAAAGGGCAGGGUACAGAUGAACAACAGAAGAAGUGGUUGCCUUUGGCCUACAAGAUGCAAAUUAUUGGCUGUUAUGCACAAACUGAACUUGGUCAUGGCUCUAAUGUUCAAGGCCUAGAAACCACUGCAACAUUUGAUCCACAAACAGAUGAAUUUGUGAUUCACAGUCCUACAUUGACCUCUAGCAAAUGGUGGCCUGGUGGACUGGGUAAAGUAUCGACUCAUGGGGUUGUCUAUGCCCGAUUGAUACUUGAUGGUCAAGAACAUGGUAUUCAUGGUUUUAUUGUUCAACUGCGGAGCUUGGAGGACCAUAGACCUCUUCCAGGUAUCACUGUUGCUGACAUUGGAAUGAAAUUUGGUAGUGGAGCAUACAACACCAUGGAUAAUGGCUUACUAAGAUUUGACCAUGUCCGCAUUCCAAGAGAUCAGAUGUUAAUGAGGGUUUCACAGGUUACAAGAGACGGGAAAAUUGUGCAAUCUGAUGUUCCGAGGCAACUGGUCUAUGGUACUAUGGUAUAUGUUCGGCAAACAAUUGUACAAGAUGCAUCGAUUGCCUUGUCACGUGCUGUUUGCAUUGCGACAAGAUACAGUGCUGUGCGUAGGCAGUUUGGAUCUAGCAAUGGUGGACCAGAAACCCAGGUUAUUGAUUACAAAACCCAGCAAAGUAGGCUCUUUCCUCUGCUUGCGUCUGCUUACGCAUUUAGAUUCGUUGGGGAGUGGCUAAAAUGGUUGUACACGGAUGUGACCCAAAGACUGCAAGCAAAUGAUUUCUCAACUUUGCCUGAAGCUCACGCGUGUACAGCGGGGUUGAAGUCUUUGACUACUUCUGUCACUGCUGAUGGGAUUGAAGAAAGCCGUAAGCUAUGUGGAGGCCAUGGCUAUCUUGCUAGUAGUGGGCUCCCAGAACUCUUUGCUGUUUAUGUCCCGGCUUGCACUUAUGAAGGAGACAACACUGUGUUAAUGCUGCAGGUUGCAAGAUUUCUCAUGAAGACUGUCUCUCAAUUGGGAUCUGGAAAACCUCCAGUGGGGACGAUAUCAUACAUGGGAAGGAUUGAACAGCUGAUGCAGUGUCGUUGUGCAGUUAAAAAGGCGGGCGAUUGGUUGAACCCUAAUGCUGUAUUGGAGGCAUUUGAGGCUAGGGCUGCUAGAAUGUCUGUAUCUUGUGCUCAAAAGCUGAGCAAGUUCAGUAACCCCGAAGAAGGUUUUGCAGAAUUAUCAGCAGAUUUAGUUGAGGCAGCUGUUGCUCACUGUCAAUUAAUUGUAGUAUCCAAGUUUUUUGAGAAACUGCAACAAGAUAUUCCAGGCAAAGGGGUGAAGCGACAAUUGGAAGUCCUCUGUGGCGUCUAUUCCCUGCACCUUCUACACAAACAUCAGGGUGAUUUUCUCGCAACUAGCUACAUCACUCCCAAGCAGGCUUCACUUGCUAAUGAUCAGCUCCGAGAAUUGUACUCCCAGGUUCGUCCAAAUGCUAUUGCCCUUGUUGAUGCAUUUAACUAUACUGAUCACUACCUUGGUUCAAUCCUUGGCUGCUAUGACGGAAAUGUGUAUCCAAAACUUUACGAGGCUGCAUGGAGGGAUCCGUUGAAUGACUCAGUCAUACCUGAUGGCUAUGAGCAAUAUAUUCGACCCCUCCUAAAGCAACAGCUCCGCGUUGCCAAACUGUGA